AUGCCUUCUCAGUCCCCUUUCCGUCAAUACCUUCUCAGUCCCCUUUCCGUCAAUACCUUCUCAGUCCCCUUUCCGUCAAUACCUUCUCAGUCCCCUUUCCGUCAAUACUUUCUCAGCCCCCUUUCCGUCAAUACCUUCUCAGUCCCCUUUCCAUCAAUACAUUCUCAGGCCCCUUUCCGUCAAUACCUUCUCAGUCCUCUUUCCGUCAAUACCUUCACCACGUUCGCCUAUUACCUAGUUCUUUCCCACCCCCUCCCCACCCCCCUCGUCUUCCCUCUCCUCUCCCUCUUUCCCCACUCCCAGCCGGAUUUGGCAGGCGCUGAAGCCGGACUGGCACGUUCGGACUGGCAGGUGUUGGAGGGCAGUGACGGCGAGGGGGGGAAGGCGUUCUGUCGCAGCGUGGCAGUGAGUGCGCCCAAGAUCCGCCUCAUGCGCUCCGCUGACAUCAGCGCCGGGCGCACAUUGCAGGUGCUGAACCUGAUAGCCUUCCCCCGCCCCGAGUACGACCUGCCAUACUUCUGUGCCGACCUGGUCACCUUCCCCCUGGGGCCACCUCAUCGUGCUUAUUUAACGGUAGCCAGCGGUCCUGAGUGGUACUUCUGGGCGGACCUCGUCACUUCCGCCCAGGGCCACCUCAUCAUCUGCAAGUGUUCAAUGUGGUGCUCAACGGUAGCCAGUGGUGCUGCGCGGUGCCUCAGCCUUCUGCGCUACUUCUGUGCCAACCUUGUCAUCUUCCCACGGGCCAUGCUCAUCGUGCUGUGUGUGUGUGCUUUGUGCUUAGUGGUGAUCAGCGGUGCUGCGUGGUACCUUUGUGACACUGAAUGGGAUCUCAACCCAUUGCAUCAGAGUGAGCAGCAUUUCAGCAAGUACAUUGCGCCCAUCAUGCCCAUCGCCAACAAGUACAUCGAGCACCUGCCAUGGGGCGGCGAGUUCACAGCGGAGUCGCUUCAGUUCUUCUCCCCGGCUCUCCUCUGGGCAAAGCUGCCCCUAGAUGCUGACGUCACUGCCCACGUGCUGCCCGCCUUCAAGGAGUACCUGCAGGCAUGGUUGCGCAUGGUAGAGGCAUGUGAGCCCACCAGCGACCCAGCAGUCAUGGCACACAACAUGGAGUCACAGCACCGCUACAUCUGCUGGCGCUCUGUCAAGGACCCCGGGCGGCCACUUUUAACGCGCCUGUUUGGCUCUGAGAGAUGUGAGUCGACUCAAAAGUCAACUCUUGAGGGUCCCCCUCACUGA